AUGUCCGCCGACGAGAAUCCCCCAUCUGACCCUCUCCCUGCCUCGUGGUAUUCUUCGCAAGAUAUACAUGAACUUGAGCGACGCGCCAUAUUCAGUCGUAAAUGGCUUCUGACUACACACAAGCUACGUUUCCCCAAAACAGGCGACUGGCUCCGAUAUGAAAUCGCCGGGUACGCAUUUAUCCUGGUGAAAGAUCGCGAGGGCAAUAUCAAUGCUUUCCACAACAUCUGUCGACACCGUGCAUUCCCCGUGGUUACCGAAGAGGGGGGCACUUCCCGGAUUUUCUCUUGUCAAUAUCACGGAUGGUCCUACGGCCUUAAUGGCAAACUUGCCAAAGCACCCGGGUAUCAAGAGCUGGAAGGGUUCGACAAGAGCAAGAACGGUCUUCUUCCGAUCCACGUUCAUAUUGAUGUCAACGGGUUUGUCUGGCUCAAUUUAGAUGCCAGCGAGAACCCUGAGAUUUCGUGGGAAGAUGCCUUUCAAGGAAUCGACUUAAAGCCACGUUUCAAAGAGUUUAAUUUUGAGGACUAUAACUUCGACCACGCCUGGGAGAUGAGUGGAGAUUACAACUGGAAGAUCCUGGCAGACAAUUACAAUGAAUUCUACACUCCCUCGACUUCCAAUCUGGGCCCCUACGCCUUGGAUACCAAAGACGGCAAAUCCACACCCGAGGAAGUUGCAAAUGUGUUGAAGACUUGCAGCACAUACUAUUUCCCCAAUGCUGCUAUGACCGUCUUGCCGCAGUUCUUCUUCAUGCAGCGACUCGUACCUACGAGCCCCACCACAUGCUCGAUGCGCUAUGAAGUCUAUCGCAACAAGAAUUCUAGCGAUGGCGAGUUUGAAACCAUCAACCAAAUAUACAAGAGUAAGAUGUCUGAAAACAAAGAUCUCUGUGUCGAAACACAAAAGAAUCUCAACACAGGGGCCUCUGCGAAUAGCCAACUCAACCCCACGGAAGAAAGGCCGGUCGACUUCCGAACUGUCAUCCGUGGGCUACUCGCAGAGCACCAUAAGCGGGAAGAGGAUGCAGGGGAGCAAAUUUGGCCUGCACGACAAAGACUCCCCAAGGAGGAGGCAGUGAGCAAAGAAGAUAUGGAGUUUUGCUCCAAGCUUACAAACAAUGAUGCAUCAGCUUUGACUGCGGGAGGUUGUUGUGGAGGAGGAUGUGGAGGUGGACCUCCCACCAUAGCAGCAACGGCACCUGAGACUAUGGUGGUUUAA